UAUGCUUUCACCGCGGAGAAGAGAGCUCGUCAGCAAUUUGAUGAAGCGAAUGCUCCGCCAGAGGUGAAGCCGGAGCCUCCACCUCGAAACCAUGUGAAUGGUGUUGCUUCUACAGAUUCUCCAACUCCUUCUUCAACAUCGUUGAUCAAUGAGGUCCUGCAGCCAUGUGCAGCUCCCCCAGCUACACUCCCCUUACCAAAACCACAACCAUCCGCCAUGAAAGACGUCAGUUUUGAGGAAUUCGAGGGUCGUGGCACGGUAUUUGAUGAACUGGAGUGGAUGACCAUCGAUGACAAGGAGGCCUUGAGCCAAGUUCUGGGUAAUGCUAGUUUGAGCUCUCGCCCGGAAUCAACUUCAUCGGCAAAUUCUGUUCCGAUUGUUGGCGAAGUGGGCUUGAAACCUCUUCACUCGUUAACAAAUAACGGCAAAUCAGCCACGCUUUCAGCAAUUCCACCUUAUCCUGUGCUGGACUUUGGUGAGGUCCUGCAGCCAUGUGCAGCUCCGCCAGCUACACUUCCCUUACCAAAACCACAACCAUCUGCCAUGAAAGACGUCAGUUUUGAAGAAUUCGAGGGUCAGCCAGCCGUCAGUCUCAGUACAACGGGUGGUUUGAACAGAGCGGCUUUCAGCAAGCCAGCCAAUUCAGUACCACCUCCUGCCAAUCAUGUCACUCCUACACCGGUUCGUCAUGAAUCACCGCUACGAGUUCGCCUUCUUACUAAAGGGUAUCGCGAAAAUCUAGUGAGUGUUGCAAUGGAUCGACUUCCUCGAGAACGCCUUCCACAUAUUGAAUAUUACAUGAAGGGAAUGAGUAUCUUGGAGAAGAAAGGUGUGGAUGUGACAAUGACGGUGAAAUUUUUAUUGGAUAGUCAUUUGACGGAUAAGCAGAACAAUUUUUGCAACUUCUCAAAUUCUUCUCCCCAAAUCCCAUUUGUCACUGUUGCGCCUUUUCCUUAUAUGUUCUACCCUGAUCCUCCUUAUACAUGUCCUUCGCUUUAUGACACGCUUAGGACGAUGUGUGUGCUUAUGACAUAUCAGCGUAAUGACCCUAGGUCAAGUCACAUGAUUAGCAUCGUGCAAGCCGAAAAGCAUUAG